CACAGGCAGCAGCUACCAGCCUGCCUGCCUGCUUCCUCCUUCUCCAGCCAGGAGGACUUCUGCAGAGCCAGCAGGUAGUAGGGGCAUGAAGGGGGAACCUGCUCCAGAAUUGGGUUGUUGCCACAAGACCAAACCCCCGAGCAGCACAGGGAGCACCCUGUCCCCCAGCCUGGACUUCCAGGUGUGCCAAGGCAACCAGACCCAAGCCAAGAGCCGCUCAGAGUGGGACCUUCAGGAUGGGAGCCAGGGUUCCUGGCUUUGGAAGCGAAGACACAGCUCAGGGGGGCCUGCUCAGCCCCUGGGGCGCCUACAGAGGCCAGCUGUGGGCAGCGCUUCUGACAUGGCCAACUAUGCCUCCAUGGACCUGGAGAGCCCAGCACUGGCAGCAGACCCUGAUGGUCCCAGGUGCCCCUCAUGCCCAGUGCAAGCUCCUGGACAUUUGGAACAGGGAACCCCAGACUGCCUUUGUUUGCAACCCCCAUACAUGGCCCCAGAUAUCCCUCUGAAUCCUGAGCCACCUGGCAACGUGAAAAACAUGAUGCCCCGCCCAGCAUCCUUCCUCAAGGCAGAGGGGACAAAGGGCAAGCCUGCUACCCCAGAGCCAGCACUGCCAGAAGCAGCCCAGAUCCUGCCUGAGCGUCCUUCUGCCAGGAGGACCCGCUACCACAUCACUGUCAUCCUGCAGGGGCGUGGGCAGACUCCUGGGGAAGAGGGUGAGGAGCCCAAACCGGCCCAACAAGCUCUCCACCCCUUCUGCCCUGAGGAAUUCAGGGGCUGGCAAAAUCCUCUCCAGGGGCCCCGCCCCAUCACGGGGUGCCCAACUGACCCACCCCAGGAGUCCGGGCUAAAAGCCUCACGGCAUCAGAAAAGCUCAGCCCAGCAGCAGGAACUCCAGGCCCCCUGGACACCUGGGUCCCCACACAGACGGGAGUUGGGCCAGAGUGAGCCAAGUACUCUUCAGGACGGGCUGCUGGAGCCCAACAUGGAGGAGGCAGGCAGGUCCCCAGCUCGGACAGAGGCCCGAGUGGUGAGUGCCAGACUGACAUGGCAGCAGCGGCCCCCUGCCCAGCAAGAGAGUAAACAUCGUUUUCACAAGGUGUCCUUGGUAUCGGAGGCCCACAAGGAAGCCCCUCAGGAGGGGAUGUUUGAGUACAGUCACCGUGGAAAGGAAGUCAAUGGUUUUACUGUAGGGGGAGAAGAGACCGUGAAUCACCAAGGCCCCCGAAUUGGGGCUGACUCCAAGAGCUUCCAGAGCCACGGGCCCAUCUUUUCCAAAAAGUACACACCACCUCCCAGGGAGAAAAGGCUGGUGAGAAGGCUGAAAGAGGUGGUGGACCAGGGUGAUGGCAACUCCCAAGACCCUAGGACUGAGCCACCAAGGCUGGGAGCCAUAGCAAGGACUGAGCUCUUGGUGCCCCUGCCUGGGCCCCGUGAGCCAAGCCCCCACCCAGGUAUAAGCCUUGAGAAACGGCAGGUGACACGCACUGUGCGGACCACUGUGGUGGUAGGAGGGCAUGUGGACCAACGGGUGAGAAGCUCUGUGACCUUGGAGCCAGUGCUGCCCAGGGGCCGCAGUGCUGUCCGGGCAGUGGUGGUGAGCCACAGGGCUGAGGGCUUGCCCAGCCACAGUCAGGCCCUGGAGCUGCUAAGUAGUAUUGUGCCUGCUGAGCAAAACCCACCUGCCAGCAGGCUUCCCAGGCCCAUGGCUCCAGUGCCAAGGAGUCCAGGUCUGAGCAGCACAGUAGACACAGCCCUGGGACAGCUCCCUGAGAUGGAGAAAACAGAGCCAAAAGACAGAUCUGCCCCAGACCCUGUAGGUAUCCCAGAGGGUGCUCACCCACCUCAGAACCAAGAGGUCCCUGCAGCCCACCCAGACCAAGAUCAGGUCCGAGCUUGGGAUACUAGGGCCCAUGAGGUCCCAAGGGUGCAGGAAGCCUCUAACCCCCCCACCCAGCUCUCCCUCCACACCUCUCAGGAGCCAAAAGACAGAUCUGCCCCAGACCCUGUAGGUAUCCCAGAGGGUACUCACCCACCUCAGAACCAAGAGGUCCCUGCAGCCCACCCAGACCAAGAUCAGGUCCGAGCUUGGGAUACUAGGGCCCAUGAGGUCCCAAGGGUGCAGGAAGCCUCUAACCCCCCCACCCAGCUCUCCCUCCACACCUCUCAGGGCCAUGCACCAGUACCCUCUUCUCCCAGACUCCAGACCCACACCCCUUCCCUAGUCCUAGACCACGCUCUUGAGCAGCCUGUGGUGCCCUCUCACCCCAGAGUCCAGCUCAUUCUUGACCCCAAGGAACCCCAGGCCCUGCCCUCUGUAAAAAAGGAGGGGGUCACAGGUCCCCCUGCUGCUACCAUCAUGCCCAUGGUAAGGAGUGAGGCUGCUACUGUUCCUGGACAACCUCUGUCCUCUGCAAGAAGGAAGUGUAUCCCCAGCCCAGGAAAUCUGUCUGUUCCAUCUUCCCCGACGAACAAGGUUGUUCAGGACUCUGAAAAUGCCUCUAUCUUUCCCAUUACCCAGAAAGAAACAGUGCAGGUUCCUGAUACUCCUGCCGACACAGUCUCCACCCACAAAGGGGUUGUGCAGGGUCCUGGUGCUCCUGCCACUUCGUCCCCCAAACCAACUGAGGUUGUCCAGGACCCAGAAGGCAGGCCUAGCACCCCCCAAAACGUCAUCCAGGGUAUUGAGAGCAGCCUUGGCCCUUCCCUCACCAAGGAAGAGUCUGUUCAGGACCUGAUUGCCCCUGUGAUCCCAUCCUCCCAUGAGGUUGAGGUUGUCCAGGGCUCUGACAGGAGCCCCAUCUCAUCUCCCACCCAAACGGGGGCUGUCCAGGGCCCUGCUGUUCCCCCUGCUCCCUCCUCCUCAGUGGGAAAGGUGCCCCCCAGCCCAGCAGGGCCACCGGCCCCAGAGCCAAUGGGAACAGGGGCCAGCCCAGAGUCCCAGCUUGUCCCUGACUCCACUGAAGACAAGGUGUUCCUGGAAUCCCUGAGGGAGGAGGAGGAGGUGGCCCUGGAUGCUGACCUGGAGAUUUUCCUGGACACCCUUCGGAGCAUGGAAUCCCCUGAGAUCCUCCGCACUCACCGGCUGCCACGAGCCCCCCGUUCCUCUUACCUGGCCAUGUUUGCCACGCUACCCGCUAUCGAGGAGGACCAGCCCAGGCCAGGGAUGCUGGGACUCAGCCCCCAGGAGGUGCCUGCACUGGAAGAAAAGGAAGAAAAGGAGGAAGAGGAGGAGGAACCAGAGAACCCCUACCUGAGUGAUGAUGAGAAGCUCCAGCGCAGGCGGGAGAAAGCCUGGGACUUCUGGGACUCUGGCCCUAGCAGGCCCCACCAGACCUCUUAUUCUCCUCUGGAGAUGAUGAAGAAGCACGUCACAGAUGCCAAGCGCUCCCACUCAGAGCCAGGGUCAGAGCGGCAGACAGGCACGAGGCCUACUUCCCGUCUUGGAGGCAGUCUUUUCUUUGGUGGUCUGGUGCCUGCCAGCAAGGAGGUUCUCACCUUGGGAUCGCUGGGCACAAAACUAUCUGCUCUGCCCCCCCAUGGGGCACCAGGGCUCAAAAAGGUGCCAGGACAGUUGCCCCUGCUCUGCAGUGAAAGGUUGCCGACAGAGAAGCCUGAAGGUGCUGGGCCCCCUGAGGGCUGGAGCUCAGCAUCGAAGACCCAGGGCAAACUGAACACCAGGCCAGGAAAGGUGAUCCUCUUCUCAGAGCCCGGCUGCCAAGGCAGCAGCAGGCAGGUUUGGGAAGACAUUGCUGAUACCUCCGGCUGGGCCCAGGUGGCCUCCAUAAGGGUGCUUCGAGGCUGCUGGGUGCUGUAUGAAGAGCCAGAGUUCCAGGGCCAGAAGCUGGUCCUGCCUGAAGGAGAUGUGGAACUCAGGGCCUGGGGGACAACAUGGAGUCUCAAAAGCAUCGGGUCCCUGAGGAGGGUUGUCCGGGACUACAUCACCCCAGAGAUCAGCCUGUACUCUGAGAAGGGCCUCAAGGGGGAGCAAGUGAAGCUAACCAAGUCCUUGGAGGACCCCCAGAGCCUGAAGAGGCCCAUGCAGGUGGCAUCUGCCGCUGUCCCUGCAGGACUGUGGCUGCUGUACCCCAAACCCUUCUUUGAAGGCACUCCCUGCAUCCUGGAACCUGGAGAGUACCUCACCUCUGAUGCCUGGAGCACAUCAGACCCCAGCGUGGGCUCCCUGAAGCCCAUUAAAUUGGGCUGCCCAAGAGUGGAGAAGCCAGGGGAGCCCAAGGCUGUGGUGUAUGAGGCCCCAGGCUUUCAGGGCCAAAGCUGGGAAGUGAGCCGAGACAUCUACAACCUUCAGCAGCCAGAGGACAGCCACAGCCCCCACCUGGCCUCUGUGGGGUCCCUGAGAGUUCUUGGAGGCUGCUGGGUGGGCUAUGAGAAGGAAGGCUUCCGGGGCCACCAGUAUCUGCUGGAGGAGGGGGAAUACCCUGACUGGUCACACUGGGGAGGCUAUGACAAGGCGCUAACCUCCCUACGGGUCAUCCGAACGGACUUCUCGGAUCCGGCCGUGGUGCUGUUUGAGGCCAUGGACUUCGAGGGGCCCCACGUAGAGGUGAGCGAGGCAUUGUCGGACGUGGAGCUGGCGGGACACCGCACCCACACGCAGGCUAUCCACGUGCUCAGCGGCGUGUGGGUGGCCUAUCAGGAGGUGGGCUUCUCUGGGGAGCAGUAUGUGCUGGAGAAAGGAGUGUACCGUAACUGUGACGACUGGGGCGCAGGCAACAGCGCCCUCGCCUCGCUUCAGCCGGUCUUGCAGGUGGAGGAGCAUAAUCUGCACUUUGUCUCAAAGAUUCAGCUUUUCUCGGGUCCCGACUUCCUAGGAGACCAUAUCUCCUUCGAGGAUGACCAGGCAUCUCUGCCCCCUUCUUUCCAGCCCCAGUCCUGCCUCGUCCAGGGCGGCAGCUGGAUCCUGUUUGAUGAGAAGAACUUUGAGGGUGACCAGCACAUUCUCUCCGAGGGCGAGUUCCCCACUCUCACGGCCAUGGGCUGUCUAGCCUCCACAGUCCUGGGCUCCCUCCAGAAAGUACCCCUGCACUUUUCAGAGCCCUCCAUUUUCCUGUAUGGACUGGAGUGCUUCGAGGGGAAGGAGAUUGAGCUCAGUGGAGAGGUACGGAGCCUGCAAGCCGAGGGCUUCAGCAACCACGUGCUGUCCGUGCGGAUCCAGGGGGGCACCUGGGUGCUGUGUGAACACAGUGACUUCCGGGGCCGCCAGUGGCUGGUGGGCAGCUGCGAGAUCACCAACUGGCUGACCUACAGUGGGACCCAGAGGGUGGGUUCUCUCUACCCCAUCAAGCAGCGCCGGGCUUAUUUCCGCCUCUGGAAUGCAGCACUGGGGGGAUUCCUGGCCAUGCCAGACCACGUGGAAGACAUGAAGGCAGGCCGUGUGGUGGUCUCUGAGCCUGCGGCUGGAGGUAGUUGCAUCUGGUACUAUGAAGAUGGGCUGCUGAAGAACCAGGUGGCCCCCACCAUGAGCCUGCAGGUGAUUGGGCCCCCCAGCACAGGCUCGAAGGUGGUGCUGUGGGCUGAGAGCCGCCUGCCCCGUCAGACGUGGAGCAUCAACAAGUCGGGCCACAUCUGCAGCCAGAUGUUUGAAGGUCGGAUUCUAGAUGUGAAGGGUGGCCGCGGCUAUGACCGGGACCACGUGGUACUGUGGGAGCUGGCCAAGGACAGGGCUUCCCAGAUCUGGACCAUACACGUGCUUUGACACCCUA